GUGCCGUGUUGAGAAAAUCAUCAAUGAAAACUUUCCUCAACAAGUGUUUUAAGUUGCUAAUAAUUGAGUUUAAUAUUAAGUAGCGUGAUCUAAUUUUCAGUAAAUAUAUUAUUGCGAUUGUAAUUAGAAAAAAAGUGAUUGAAGAAACUGAAUUUGGUUGGGCAUAUACAAAAUAUGCAAAGCAAUGCGGCUGCCGUAAAAACCUAUUGGAUUGUACUAUCAAACAGAAAGAGUGAAGGCGAACGCAGCAAACAAAAGGGAAAAUACAAAAACAAUACAUACAGCAACAGGAAGUUACAAAAAUAGAUAAGUCCAGCGCGCAAGUGAUUGACCAGCUACCAACAGCAAACAAUAAAUUUUAGGCAUUUACUUAUCUAUACACUUGCAACGCAUUAACCACUCAACAUGUUAAAUUGCUUUAGCGCAAUGAGUGUACCAACAUUGGGUGAAAUGGAACAAACAAUUUGUAUGCUUGAACGUGGCACGAUUAUUACCAAGCUAUAUUCUAAGCAUCGUCCUGAACAGCGUCGUCUGAUGUUGGUUCGCGAAACUAGGCAGCUUUUGUGGUCAUCCGUUAGCUCAGACACACGUACUGAUUAUGAGGGUUCACUUGAGCUACGCGAAAUACGUGAAAUACGCGUAGGGAAGUGUUCAAAAGAAUUUCGCAAUUGCGCAGAAGAUGCAAAACGUUUUGAGCCAUCAAAGUGCUUUGUAGUUUUACAUGGCAGCUCAUUUAAGCUAAAAACUUUCUCAGUUGUAGCGCUCUCAGAAGUCGAGGCAGACAAUUGGAUACGCGGUCUACGGUAUAUGGUGCAGGACACCGUCAAUGCACCUUAUCCACUACAAGUUGAACGUUGGCUACGACGUGAGUAUUACGCCAUUGAAAAUGCGACAAUGCAGUCUGCAAAAGAUGGCAGUCAAGUUACGGUUAAGGACUUUAAAAGUUUUCUUGCAAGUAUUAGUUGUAAAAUGACCACAACCAAACUUAUGGAAUGCUUCACAGAAGAUGAUGUUAGACGUAAAAAUGAUUUACGAUUUGAUGAUUUUUCACGAUUAUAUAGAAAAUUGCUAGUGACACCAAAUUUUUUGGAAGAAAUGUUUUACAGUACACCUGGCACAUUUCCAUAUUCCAAGGAUGGUGAAACGGUGACAUUACGUGAAUUCCAAAACUUUCUUAUGCAGGAACAACAUGAGUUAAUGGGACGAGACGAUGCUUCCGUUUCGAACUUUAUACGGGACUUCUUGCAGGAUGUUGAACGCGAUGUGCAAGAACCCUACUUCACAUCAAGUGAAUUUCUCGAUUAUCUUUUCUCAAAACAAAAUGAUCUCUGGGAUCGCAAUUGUGAUCGCAUUUAUAUGGACAUGAAACAACCCAUGUCUGCAUAUUGGAUAGCAUCGUCGCACAAUACCUACCUAACUGGGGAUCAGUUUUCCAGUGAAUCGUCGUGCGAAGCGUAUGCGCGUGCACUGCGCAUGGGCUGCCGCUGUAUAGAAUUAGACUGUUGGAAUGGCGCAGACAAUUUACCAUAUAUUUUUCAUGGCCACACAAUGACAUCAAAAAUUAAAUUCAAAGAUGUUAUUAAAACAAUAAAAGAACAUGCAUUCGUUACAUCAGAAUAUCCAGUAAUUUUAUCAAUUGAGCAGAACUGCUCAUUAGAACAGCAACGUAAUAUGGCACAGGCGCUUAUUGAGGUUUUCGGUGAUAUGCUGUUGACUCAGCGUUGCGAUCGCUCCGAAUUACAAUUGCCUUCUCCACAUCAACUUCGUCGCAAAAUUAUACUUAAACACAAAAAACUGCCUGAAUAUGAAGAUGGUUGCCCUGGUGGUCCGGGUAUUGUUGGUGGUGGAUCGGGUAUAUUAACCACAAGUGGCAGUAGGUCAUCCAUUAGUGGUGGAGUUGGUGAUGAAAAUGAAAAUGCGCGUAACUUCCUUAAAGAAGGAAUGCUAUAUUUCAAAGAUCCAGUGGACAAAGCCUGGAAUAUUUACCAUUUCGUAUUAACACAACAACAAUUAAUUUACUCUUCACAUACUGAUGAAAAUAAUGCUGGCGGUGCCGAUGAUGAUGACAACGCCGUUACACAAAAAACAUCUACUACAUUGAUGCCAAAAUCCAAAGAUAACUUUGUGAAUGAUGAAUUGCAUUUUGGGGAAAAUUGGUUCCAUGGAAAAUUAGAAGGUGGACGCCAGGAGGCUGAUCAGCUUUUGGAAGCCUACAAACACUUAGGUGAUGGUACAUUUUUAGUACGAGAGUCGGCUACCUUUGUUGGCGAUUACAGUCUGUCAUUUUGGCGUCGAAAUCGUCCAAAUCACUGCCGUAUUAAGCUGAAACAUGAAAAUGGCGCAACCAAAUAUUAUUUAGUGGAUAAUUUUGUGUUCGAUUCCCUAUAUUCGCUUAUUGUGUACUAUCGGAAAAAUAUGUUGCGCAGCUCUGAAUUUUCAAUUACCCUGAAAGAACCCGUACCGCAACCGAAAAAGCAUGAAACACAAGAAUGGUUUCACCCACAUACAACCAAAGAGCAGGCUGAGCAAGUGCUUAUUAAAUUAGAUGUGGGCUCGUUCCUUGUGCGCCCAUCAGUUCAGAGUACAAAUGCUUUCGUUAUAUCAUUUACAAUUAAUCGCAAAAUCAAGCAUUGUCGCAUCAUGCAGGAGGGUCGCCUUUAUGUUGUUGAUACCAUACAAUUUGAAUCGCUUGUAUCAUUAGUCAAUUAUUAUAUGCGUAAUCCCUUAUAUCGCAAUGUAAAGCUUUUGUAUCCAGUAUCACAGGAGUUAUUGCGUCAGAAACUGCUCGCCUGCCAAACGUCGUUGGAACAUCACAAUGGAGGUGACUUCAAUGAUGCUUCCAGUUAUAUGGAUCCUAGUCUAGAUGACCGUGUCACAUGUAAGGCGCUCUACAGUUACAAAGCUAACAAACCGGAUGAGUUGUCAUUUCCAAAGCAUGCCAUUAUUACGAAUGUGCAGAGGAAUACAUCGAUGUGGUGGCGCGGCGAUUAUGGCGGUAUGGUUCAGCGCCAUUUCCCGGCUAACUAUGUGAAAGUAAUUGACUCCGCCGGCGAUGACUACAACUCUUUUAACGAUGACAAUAAUUGUGAAAAUAUCUCGCGCACCGAUUCGAUUGACAUACAUGGCGCCAUCGUACAUCUCUCCGAGUCAAAUGAACCAGGCAUACUGUUUCAAUUACAAAUUCAAACGCCGACAAUGCAAAAUUCCUUCAUCAUUGGUUUUGACAAUCAAGAAUUGGCCUACGAAUGGAUCAAAGCCAUACAAGAGGGUGCACAAAUCGCCAACCAAUUAGCUACAGAGCGUCGCAAAAAAGAACGUUCUGCACGUGUAGCGAAAGAAAUGUCUGAUUUAAUUAUAUACUUCCGCAGUGUGCCAUUCCGCGAACAUUCAUGGGUAUUCUAUGAAAUGUCUAGUUUCCCUGAAACUAAAGCUGAAAAACAAUUCUUGCAGCAAAACUGCAUGCUCUUCUUACAAUAUCAUCGCAAUCAGAUUAGUCGCGUAUAUCCAAAGGGUCAACGUUUGGAUUCAUCCAAUUUUAAUCCGGUGCCGUUUUGGAAUGUAGGCUCGCAAAUGAUUGCGCUUAACUAUCAAACUGGGGACAAAGCCAUGCAAUUGAAUCAGGCCAAGUUUCGUGAUAAUGGUAAUUGUGGUUAUCUAUUGAAACCGAAAUUUAUGCAAAGCGAUAGUUUCGAUCCAAAUAAUUCGCUGGCGAUCAGCUCACUGGAGGAGCGUUACGUAACGAUACGUAUUAUAGCUGGGCGGCAUCUCUUCCGUGGCGGUAAAUCUAAUAAUCCACAAGUUACUGUUGAAAUAUGUGGCGCCAGCUUUGAUUCGGGCAUUAAACAUCGCACCAAGACCAGUGAGAACGGUUUUAAUCCAAUGUGGAAUGAAAGUUGUGACUUCACUGUACGCAAUCCACAUUUUGCUCUGCUGCGUUUCGAGGUACAAGAUGAAGAUAUGUUUGCAGAGACACAUUUCAUAGCACAAGCUUGUUAUCCAUUGAAUUGCAUUCGUACGGGUUAUCGCAGCAUAACAUUGCGCAAUAAAUUUAGUGAAGAGUUGGAAUUGGCUUCAUUGCUGGUACAUGUGGAUAUUAAACAUACCAGCACAAGUGCAAUGAAUGAACAUACAGUGGUUGUGGGUUUUUAAAGAGAUUUUUUUACAUUCGUAAGUACCAAAGUGUAUUUUGUUGGAGAAACAUUUAUGCGAAUACUGUAUUUUUGUAUGCACAAAUAGUUUGUUAACAAAUAUCUUUACGUGACCCAACGAACAAAUGCUUUAGGGCAUUAUUAUUAUACAUAUCUACUUUUUAAACAAGUGAACAAAUUUAAAUCUUUUAUAUUAAAUAACUAAAAAUUAUUAUAAAUAUUUCUAAACAUAAUAUUGCAUUUAUUUCAAUUGUAUUGGAGAUGAGAAAGUGUAAUAGAAAGCUUUAUUAUAUUUUACUUUCAUACUUUCUUUAACUCUACUUUAGAUGCAGCAUUAUAUGUUAAAUCUAUUGUUUCUUUAAUAGUAUUUAAUAGCACUGAACAUUUUCUUCCAUUUUAACUAAUUAUUGCAACUCAAAUAAAGACUUAAAAUUU